AUGGCUGUAUGGACAGUACAGAACGGUACCAGUACAAUUAACCAGGGCAGCGGACAGUGCACGAUACGGGUACCGGUACAAGGUACCGAUUACAGGGACAAGUGCUUGUACGGGCGUACCUUAUCUGGCCGUCUUCCAUCAUCUCCGCCUGCCCAGCGAGCAUACAGCUGGCCGAAAAUCGUCCCUAUCAUGGCCCAAAGAAAAUCCCACUCCUCCGGUCCUGCUGGUAACAGGACUAGCCCUCCUGAGGACAGUGCCAUGAAAAUGCACCUAGAGAUGGCCAUGGCUGGGAUGCCUAGCAAGAGCAGUCUCAAACUGGGAUGUCUUGAUUACUUCAAUCUGUAUGCCAUGCCUGUCCUUGGCGAUGGAAAUUGUCUCUUCUACUCACUCUCAGACCAAUUGUACGGAAGCGUUGACCGCCACAUUGAAAUCCGAGAGCGUUUGGUCCAGCAUAUGCGGGACAAUGCGGACUAUUUCAGAGAUUUCACCGCAGAUGUUGGGGGAGAGCGUCGAGCUCCCAGGAGGAGCGCCGCUCAAGAAAAAACCGUCUUGCGUAUACCAAUGUAG